AGUUUUGAAUACCAAUAGUUUAUAUGUAGUAAUAAUUCUAGUUCCAGACAAGCAACACAUUCACUACUGUCUGGCAAUAAUUAUAAUAUUUUUUAGAGCGUUUGUUGUGGUCAUCAGUUUUAUAUCAAAAUUGUAAAGAUGGCUAUAACUUGGACACCUUGGUUCAAUGUGCCGAUGCAUCGUCGCAUGGAAUUGUUUGGCAUUGGAUUUGUUAUGUUUUGCGUAUUAAUUCUGCCCGUACUUUCAUCAAUGUUCAUAUUGUACUUAUUGUUGGCUGGAAAUAUUUACAUGAAAGCAAUUACGGUUGUAUAUUUGGCAUUUAUUUACUAUGAUCGGAACACAGGAAUUAGCGGUGGACGAGGUGCUGGGGUUCCAUGGGUAAGAGGUUGGAAUAUAUGGAAACAUGCUAUCAACUAUUUUCCGUUGGAUUUAGUGAAAACUGCAGAUUUGCCAUCCGAUCGGAAUUAUUUGAUUUGCUGCUUUCCACAUGGUAUUUUGAGCCUCGGUGUCUUGAUGACCUGUAACGUAAGCCAUUCGAAAUGGUCCACCUUGUUUCCAAAAAUUCGUUCGAAGUGUACGACGUUAUCGAUGAAUCUCAUAUUGCCAAUCACACGUGAAUUAUUGUUUAGUUUGGGUGCUUGUUCGGUAGCAGCAAGUUCAUUGACAAAACUAAUGGAACAAUCGAAUGAUCCGAAAGAUAAAUCAAACCAAGAUGGAUACACGGCAAAUGCGGCUGCUUUAAUCGUCGGUGGUGCUCAAGAAUCGUUUUAUGCCCUACCAAAUACCUACAAAUGUGUAUUAAAAAAUCGCAAAGGAUUUGUUCGCAUUGCAUUGAAGACGGGUGCAUCGCUGGUGCCGGCCAUUUCAUUCGGUGAAAAUGAUCUUUUCGAAAUAAUUGAAUAUCCACCGGGUUCAUGGCGCCGUUUCCUUCAAGAUACAUUCAAACGAUACACAAAACUUGCACCGAUCCAUUUUAACGGUCGUGGAAUCUUGCAAUAUAACUAUGGCAUUGUUCCGAAAAGGCAACCGGUUACCACGGUUAUUGGUGCACCAAUCCAUUUGGAGAAGAAUCCAAAUCCAACGCAAGACGAAGUCAACAAAACACAUGACCUAUUUUGCGCUCAGCUUAGAGAAUUGUUUGAAACACAUAAAAGUAAAUAUGUUGAAAAUUCAGAUAAGGUUGAACUCGAAAUCAUCUAAUUUGGUAACGCACGCAGUAGUCAUGACUUAUACUUGUGAUUUAUAAUUUAAAAAAAUAAUUUUGUAUUGAUUUCAUUUUAAACUGAUAUGACCAUUCUAGAAUAAACACGCUUUCCGCAACACAUAUUUCAA